AUGGAUAAUGAUGCAGACCUUGAAAAUUUUUUCUCCUUUGUUUUAUUAUUCGCUGGGGCAUGUUUAUCUUCUUUAUUCCAAAAAAAACUGGAACCGCAUUUGGAUAAAGCAUUAGAUGUAAUUUAUAUUUCUUAUGGGUUCACAGUUUUUGCGAUUAGAGUGACACAAAUCGUCUCCAGCCCAAAUAAUCCUAUUGGUGAUGUCCAUAAAAUGUAA